AUGAAACAACAACAACAAAUGAAACAACAACAACAACAUCAAUUAGCAGCAGCGAGCUGGAGUAACUUAAUUGACGACGAACUAGACAGGAUAGCGUCAAUCCAAAAGCCACACUUCUCGUCAGCUUCUCUAAGAGACUGCUCUUCCAUCCUGACAAACGAAAAUUCCUCAUUAAAACACUCGCGCACUGAUUCCGUCCAUUCCGAUGAUUUCAACAACUUUCGAAAGAGAGAAGUGAACACGAGUGAUCACCCAAGCAAUAGUACUAGUUACAUCAACAGCAUCAACGAAAACAACAGUCCCAAUCUUGUCCCGGAUUUGUUAGCAGAAAAUAUGCAUAAUAACGCCAACACCAGCAGCAUCAUUAACAACCUGAUGGCUAACUCCUCCAACAUACCGUACGACAACAGAUCUUUGACGAGAUCCCCAUUUCAACGAUUUCACACCUUUUCAAAUAGCAGGUCCUCCCUCCAGAGACCCAUACUCCCUCUCACAUCUACGGUUAGCAGGCACAUCUCCAGAAGGGACGAUGGAGAGGUUGUUGGCACACUUACCAGGAAGAAACCUUCUGAUUUGGACCAAAAAAGGACGAACCCCAUCUCUAACAGCAACAAUCUUAACAACAUUACGAACAGUGGCAUCGAUAUCCUAGACAACAAUUUUAACUGUUACAACGCUUUUGCUGACAAAACCGUCAACAACAACAGCAACAACAACAGCAGCAACAACAACAACGACAACAACAUCAUCAACAACAACAACAAUAAUUAUGGAUACGCUCUAAAGUGUAACAUUCUUAACAGCAGCUUCCAUAACGAUCAAUUCAUCAACAGCCAACAAGCUCCCGCAUUGAAAACAUCCAUUUCCUACCCGGACAACACGUGGUUCGCGGACACUGUGGCGCCAAGCAAAACAUCUCUCUUGGAUAGAUUCCCACUUUCCAGAUAUCCACUCCACCUUCCUCCUCCCGAUCCCAACUACGAGUACAUAAAUGACGCCAUUACCCCGCCCUCUUACAUAACUUUCCGAACCUUCAACAACCAAUCACGCGUGAUGACGUCACCGGAUUUAAUUCUCAAUAGCAAUGACGUCAAACUGAGCCAUGACAAAAAUACAAAUAACAACAACAAUAACAACAACAACAACUACAAUGAUUAUUAUGACGAUCUCAGUUCUCCACAAAAAUACAACAGCUUAAGAAAACUAUCAAAAUCGAAAAGUCAAGAUCCGUUGGACUCCGAGAAGAGACGCCUGAGGUUAAACGAGAGCAGUUUGCAAAGGAAUGGGUCAUUCAACGAUCCCAAAACCUUCCAAACCAACAUUCCGGAUAUUCCCGUUGUGACGAACGUGUUGGAAGAUGGUGAGAGUUUGAAGGAUUUGCGACAGAUGGCCUUACAACAGCAGUUGAAUGCCUUCGAUAUUCCUCUGCCUCCCACACCCGAAAUAUUUCAGUUUUUGGCACAAAACAAAAAUGAUAUGAAGUCUAAACCCACAAACCACUGCCAACAACAACAACGACACCACCAAGAACCACAGCAGCAAAAACAUCAGCACGACUACGAAGUACCCUACCAUCUCUCACACAGCAGAGGCCACUCAAUGAACCAUUCCUUCUCCUUCGGUUACAGACAGCUUUUCAACGGCAACAACUGCACACACGAAGUUGAGAAUGGGCAUCUUUUGAGAAGUAACUGCAACAGCAUCAUCUCAAAUGGUAGUAGCAGUCGGUUCAGCGGAAGCAGCAGUGGUAGCAGCGGUGGAAGUUGCGGCAUUCCUGCUCCUCCAUGCAGAAGUGCUCUCACUAAGUUGACGUCGCCUUUGUCCUGCAACUCCAACAACAAUGGUAACAUUAAUUACUCUAAUAACGGCAACAACAACUCUAAUUUUAGUUACAAUAACAUCAACACCAAUACUACUAACAACAAUCCUAAUGCGAUUAAUAACUUGGCAGUAAACACACUUGCCUCUGUGAAAAGCUCCACAGAUAACUUACAUUCCGACAAAUCUGUCAAUCAGCCCCGCUUAGACGACAUGCCCCCACCUCCACAACAACUUAUUGACUAUUUAAAAAUUUUACGUGGCUUACAUAAAAACGAACAACAACAAAACAAUCAACAACAAACAUUACAAACAACGACAACGACGACAACACCGUAAACAUUAAAUAAUAUCAUUUUCAUACGACUAACUUAAGUGAUUAGUUUUAGUUUUAAUUAUUAUUUAAAGUGGAAGAAGUACGAACCAAAUUUUUAGCAAAAAUUGUACGUGUCUUAUUUGAAAAUAUUGCUCUUGAUCAAUGAAUCUUAUUGCCAAUUUUUAAAAAAAAAUUUUUUUAUUAUUUUUUUUUGAAGUUAUGAAAGUGUUUUGGUGCUCCAUGAGAAACUUUAUUCUUUCCCGUAAAAACCUGUCUCGAAGUAGAAUAAAAAUUAUAUCAUUUUUA